AUGGUGCACGAAGACGAGGGGCUAUGGGAUGAACUCAGUCACCAACAGAGCCGCGAGAUUCAGCAGUACCAGCAGGAAACUGUUUGGCAGCCGCCAUCGGCUGUAGCUUUACAUUCCAUUCGAACUUUGGAGACGGCAGGGCGUCUCGCCCGGACCGCCGCGAGUGAAGUGGGUCGAUUCGCGCACGUUGUGUACGAAGCCGGGACGGCCGCCUACCACCAACAGCAAGAGCGACAACGGAUCCAAUGCCAGCGUACCAAUACAAAUCCCACGACCUAUCUUGAGGAAUUCGGGAUACCCAAAGAAGCUCCCUUGCUGGACAACGAUUAUAUGGAUUACACGGCUUUCGAUGAACAACAACAAAGACCGGCGCAUCAAAAUGGCAAUCCCCGCGGGGAAAACGACUUUGUCUUUUUACCAAGCUUCCGACUGCAGCCUCAUCGCGAUGGAUGGGGCGCCGUGGCAAAUCUCGAUGUCUUCUUCAGUAGUUUGUACAGUUAUUACUAUCACCGAGGCUUGAUACCGAUCAUUGGGAAGGGAGUGGUCGAGCUCGUGACUCUUUUCUUUACCUUGUUCUUGUCGGUCUUUGUUAGCGCGUACGUGGACUGGAAGGCUCUGAGCUCGUGCAUUGAUGAAGCGUCUUGCCGACCCACUUUCAAGUCAUAUUUAAUCCGGAACCCAUUCGCGCAUUGGAGUCUCUGGAAUACGAUCGUGAUACUUUACAUCCUACUCUUUGCUGCCUACGGCUUGGUCGCGACACUCUCGCUCGUCCACACCAUUCAACAGGCUUUGCACGCCAAAUUUGUCUUUGAAGAUCGGUUGGGUAUCAGUGCACGAAAAUUGGAAGGUGGAGCCGUCGAAUGGGAUCGGGACGUGGUCUCCAAACUGCUCGAGUUGCAAACAUCCGGCGAAUAUCGCAUUGCGAUUCACGGGCAGGAUUUGGACGCUUUGGUCAUUGCGCAGCGAAUCCUCCGCAAAGAGAACUUUAUGGUGGCCUUGUUCAAUCGAGGUUUGUUAGACUUGACCAUACCGUACUCCAUCCAACCCUUCUUCUGCCCCAGCCUAGAGAACGCUUACGAUUGGAAGUCGACAAAGCAGUAUUUGGGACCUAGAGAGUGGUCACUAUCGGCUAAAUGGACUUUUCGGGAACUGAACGAGUUACCGCACCAUUUCGAACGACGUCUUUCGUCCUCCUACAAGGCAGCCGAAGGAUACUUAUUUCUUUUUGGACAGAACGAGGUUGUCGUGGCGCUCGGUCGCAUUCUUGUCUUUAUUGGAGGCUCAUUGGGAGCACUGCUCUUUGCGUUCGCAGCAAUGAACGAUGCAAUUCUGUUACAUGUAAAGAUUGCUGACUGGAAUUUGUUGUGGUAUGCUGGGGUAGUUGGUGUUGUCUAUUCCGCAGGCAAAGCUAUGUUACCAACCGCUGAAGCGCAGCCUCGAAGUUCACGAAAUUUAUUUGCAGAAAUCGAUGACGCGCUGGCCAACGUUGCAACAUAUACGCAUCACUACCCCGAUACUUGGCGCGGGCGAGGAUGGGAUCAAUCAACGUACAAGGCAUUUUCCACCAUGUUCAAAUAUAAAGCGCAACUCUUCAUGAUGGAAGUAGCCUCGGUUUUCCUCGCCCCUUACAUUCUCUGUGUCUCUCUAGCUCGAUGCGCUGAUCCAAUCUGCGAAUUUGUUCUUGCCACAAAGGCAGACGUACCCGGAGCAGGUGAAGUGUGCGGGUACGCCACGUUUGAUUUUGACCGGUAUAGUGAUGAAAUGUGGGAAGGUCGUACACUAGGGACCAAAGAGGCAAUGUUUGGAACGCUAACGGAAAGCAUUCUGCGAUCUGGUAAUGUAGAGGAAGCAACGAGGCAAUUUCCGAAGCCAAAAAUGCGACAUGGUAAAAUGGAAAAGAGUUUCUUCAGCUUCAAGACGUGCCAUCCCGGUUGGAAAUACCCCGAAUCCGGUCAGCUUUUGGUAGAUAGACUAGAGAGGUAUCAACGAGAAGAGGCGUCGGCUAUAAGUCGAGAGCAGCAAGCUCACGUAGAAGCGGCAGCUCGUCAGCUGGAGACGCUGGCACGAUUGGAAAAUGGAUCGACUGAGCCAAAUAAUCCCACCAAUCUUUUGAAUGACGCGUAUCUACGAAGAGUCCAGACUCUGAUUGAUGCGGAAGUGGAUACUGUCCCGCUUCCCAAGGGAAUUUCAAAUAUUAGUGGGUCAAAUGGGCUUGCGAUGCCGCAGUCGUCUCCGACACCUCUUACCGCUCCGGUACACACUAAUCCAUUACAGGAGGAUGUCUCUUGUUCGUCUGUUGUACCAACAACUUCAUAUCCUCGCCCAUCAUCGUCGUCGACUGUCGCUUCAGGGCUGCGUUCGACUCUGCCCUCCAACGCAGCUUUAUCUACGGAGCUGCGUCGAAUAUUGAACUUGUCGACUCUGGAUUCGGAUAUAAGCUUUGCCGGCAGUGUCAUUGCUGGCGAUGCAUUGGACACUUUUCUUUUUGAAGAGAGCCAUAUUACUACUCCCGGAAAACAAGUUGGCGUCAAAACCAAUACCAUUGCCGGUCUUAUGGUGGACAUCAUUGCAGCGGUGUUGCUCAGUCUGCGUCAAAUAUUUCUUCGAUUGCCAAAUGUGGAUGGGAAUCAGAUUGAAGGCGCUUUUGCUGGGGCCACCGUCCAUAUCAUGUUCAAUUUCCUGUCCGUGGCUGUACUAAGAAGAUCUAGGUCAAGAACGCUAGUGGCGAGACAGAGAGAGUUGGGGUGGUCCUCUGAAAAGAUGACGGAAUCAGUUUCCAGUUUAGUCAUUAAUUCCAACAGUGAUAUGGUCGAGAGCAUAGUGUUGGGAGUCGAUGACUGCGAGAAGGCGGAGGAUUAUACCCCAUGA